CCGCAUACUUGUAAGUGAGUGUCUGAAUCUGUGACUUUUCAAAUACUUGUUUCAACUACGUACCGUCAUCCGCAGUGCACUCUUGAUUGUGUUUCAAGAAGCAAUGGUUCGGCUCUUAGACUUCGUUCACUAUGCCCAGGACACACCCAUUGGCCUGGGGACGAUUCUAUUUGCCCUUGCAUCAAUCAUAUUUGUGACUUACAAGUUAUUGACCCGCACCGAUAUACCCUACAUUCGCGGCAUACCCGAGAUACCUGGUGCACUUCCCGUUACUGGUCAUCUGACCCAACUGGGAGAGGACCAUGCCACAGUCUGUGAAAAAUGGUGGCGCCGAUACGGCCAUUCAGUCUUCCAGAUUCGCCUAGGCAAUACUCGUGCGGUUGUCGUCAAUUCGUUUGAGGACUGCAAAAACAUACUUAUCAAGAACUCACAAGGACUGAUCGAUCGUCCGAAGUUGUACACUUUCCACGGACUAAUCUCCUCGACACAGGGAUUUACGAUUGGCAGCUCACCGUGGGACGAGAGCUGCCGAAGCAAGAGGAAGGCAGCCUCUACUACGUUGAGCAAGGCUAUGAUGAAGAACUACUAUGAAAUGUUCGACUUGGAGUCGUACUGCAUCGUGCGUGACUUACACCGCGACACAAAGAACGGGGCUUUGGAGGCAAGCUUUCGACCAUAUAUCCAGCGUUAUGCGCUCAACACCACCCUGACGCUAUGCUACGGUAUCAGAAUGGACGAGAUGUACGAUGAGCUACUGCGUGAAAUCCUCCAUGUUGGCUCGGCAAUCUCUCUGCUUCGUUCGGCGUCUGAGAACUACCAAGAUUACAUUCCUAUCCUCCGGUACCUGCCCAAUAACGAGAAGAACGCUCGCUCAAAAGAUCUUCGCGAGAGGAGGGACAAGUAUUUGAAUGAACUACUCGAUAAAGUGCGCGCUAUGAUCAAGAACGGGACAGAGAAGCCUUGUAUCAGCGCUGCAAUUUUGAAAGACGAAGAGACGCGCCUCACUGGUGUAGAAGUGAGCUCGAUCUGCCUAUCUCUGGUCUCUGGUGGAUUUGAGACAAUUCCGGGAACCCUAGUAUCCUGCAUUGGCUCGCUGUGCACGCCUGAAGGCAUCAAAUACCAAGAUCGUGCGUAUCGGGAGAUUCUGAAAAGCUACCCUGACGUCAAGGCUGCGUGGGCUGGGGAGUUUGAAAAAGAAGCCGUGCCGUACUUGAACGCUAUCGUCAAAGAGGCUGGCCGAUACUACACUGUGAGCAACAUGAGUCUGCCUAGGAAGACAAUGAGCGAUGUUCGCUGGGGCGAAGCAGUGAUACCAAAGAAUACUAUGGUACUGAUCAAUGCUCAGGCGGGCAACCAUGUACCCCCGCACCUCUCUUUCGGCGCUGGAUCCCGGUCAUGUCCUGGUGCAAUAAUUGCCAGCAAACUCAUCGGUUCAGCACUUUUUCGCCUGCUGAGUCUGUACAGGAUCGAGGCCAGCGUGACAGAUCGUCCGAACACUGACUAUGUUGACUACAAUCUGAUCAAGAGUGCCCUCGUUGCGAUACCAAGAGAUUUCAAGAUCAAGUUGACCCCGAGGGACGGGACCGGGGAUUUGGUGAGGGAGGUGCUGUGCGCGAGUGAGCAGAGAACGAAGGACUUCUACAAGGAGUGAAGUCCCGGAAAGGACGAGAAAAAGAUUUCCUCCUGAUAUAAAGGCUGGUCGACCACUGAUACGCCCGCGGACAUCUGCAGUAAGCACAGUGCAUGUGACUGAUGAGUAUGCAGUCUCGUUCCUAGCCACGGUAUGCCGUCAGCUUGUUAUCUUGGAGUCAUAUGUACUAGCUUGAGACAUCAUUUUUCGAGCAAUGUCAUUGUAGUUAAAUCCUACUCAGCAUGGCACAUGAUUGGCGGUUGAUUGCUGAAGCUACUUUCCCCACAUCGUAGGGCGCAUAAGCCGCCCUUUACAUUGUGUGAUUCCGCAACACCAUUGAUCUUGACAAGCGUACUGCAAUGCGCAAGUCCAUAAAUGACAGUAGUUUG